CCAUCUCGCAACGACAUCAAAUCCCGCAACCACCUCACUCACUCAACAUGCGUCAGUUCUCCGUGCUCCUUUGCCUGAGCCUCGCCGUUUUGGCCAGCGCCGACAAACUGGGCUACAACUACCAGCCAGUGGCCCACUCUGCAUCGGGCCUGAGCUUCCAGCCCUCUGGUUCCGCCAGCAACGAAGCUCCCGCCUUCUCGGCUGCUCCCAGUGAAUCUUUCUCGACCGGACCUACACCCAUUGCCGAUUCCUUCGAGGGAGCCCAGUCCGCCGCUGCCCCCAACUACGCUGCUCCUCAGGCCGAGCUCCAGAAGGAGUUCUUCACCUACACCGCCGACGAGGGUGACUUCUACGACCCAGCUGCCUCCGAACAGGUCCAGAACUCCGUGAACAAGGGACUCCGCGUUGUGUUCAUCAAGGGACCCGAGAACAAGGGACUCGAGAAUGCCGCCCUGGCUCUGGCCAAGCAGGCUGCCCAGCAGGAGACCGCCAUCUACGUCCUCAACAAGCAGGCUGACAUCGGAGACCUGGCCAACAAGCUGAACUCCAUCCGCAACAACAACAACAACAAGCCCGAGGUUCACUUCGUGAAGUACAGGACUCCCGAGGAUGCUGCCAAUGCCCAGCGUGCCAUCCAGGGUCAGUACGACCAGCUGGGAGGAUCCUCCCAGGCCCAAGACGGCGGAGUGGCCUCCACCCUGAACUUCGCCUCCCAGCCCGCUCCCGUCCAGGCUGCCAGCAACCCGGCGCCCAGCCAGAUCCUGCCGGAGGCCACCGCCCCCAUCUCCUCGUACGUGCCACCAGCCACGCCCGGAAGCUCCUACCUGCCCGCCAACAUUCUGCGCCGCCUGCGGUUCUAG